GAACGUUUUGUUUUGUGUGUUGGUGUUGUGGCUAAAAGUCAGCCUCUAAACCAUAUAUAUAUAGCGCCAUUCCCACCGUGUGAAAUUAUUUAAAACCUCGGUUACGUUUUUAACGGUAUUUAUUAAGUGAAAAAUCGUUCUCAGUUUUUUUUCUGAGAUUAUUUUCUCGUUAUUCUCGUGACUCGUCUCUAGCCUGAAGGCUAACGCUAACUCUCAGGCUCCACAAUGGAGGGUAGCAGUAGCGUGAGGAGAGCACUGUCCGGGACUCUCGUACCUCCAGCCGUCACGACAGUCGCUGUCAGUCAUCCCGAGAACAAGGAGAAGGACACGUUGAAGAGAAAAAUUCUCGAUGAAGAGGAAUACAUUCAGAGCUUGGAGAAAAUAAUCCAGAGGGACUUCUUUCCAGAUGUCACUAAACUACAAGCGCAGAAGGACUACCUGGAAGCAGAGGAAAAUGGAGAUCUUGAGAGAAUGAGAGACAUAUCAAUCAGAUAUGGAUCAUCCUUGACCAAGUCUACCCCACGAACGUCCGUACCUUAUGUGACUCCUGCCAGCUUUGAGACACCAGUGGGUCACCCAGGAUCUCCCUCUACAACUUACAGUAGUAAAGGUUUAGAUGCUGAAAAAAAGAACAAUGACCAGGAAGAGAAAACCCUGCCCAGUUUAGACCGUUUUCUUGCUAAAAAUACCAGUGAGGACAACGCAUCCUUUGAGCAGAUAAUGGAUCUGGCAGAAGACAAGGAGAAGCUGAAGCAUGCCUGGUUAUAUGAAGCAGAAGAGGAAUUUAAACAGCGUCACGAGGAGAAUCUCGCCCUACCAUCAGCAGAGAAAGCUGCACUCCAGUGUGUCAAAGCUGGAUUGGAGACCUGGGAGUACAAAGCCAAGAAUGCAUUGAUGUAUUACCCAGAGGGUGUUAAAGAUGAUGAUGCCAACUUCAAGAAACCUAGAGAAGUCGUUCACAAGAACACUCGAUUUGUCGGAGACCCGUUUAGCAAAGCUCUCAACAAAAGUCAGAUUCAACAGGCUGCUGCUCUCAAUGCUCAGUUUAAACAGGGUAAGGUGGGACCUGAUGGGAAAGAGCUGAUACCACAUGACUCUCCAAGAGUGAACGGAUAUGGUUUUGAAAGGACUCCUUCACCUGCACCAGGUGUUGCAGAGUCCCCUCUGAUGACCUGGGGUGAGAUCGAGAGCACCCCGUUUCGUCUGGAUGGAUCAGACACGCCGUAUGUGGAGAGGAACCACGGCCCCUCAUUCAAGAUUCCAGAACCCGGAAGGCGAGAGCGGUUGGGCUUGAAGAUGGCUAAUGAAGCUGCCGCUAAAAACCGCGCAAAGAAACAGGAAGCAUUGAGGAAAGCAACGGAAAACCUUGCAAGCCUGACGCCCAAAGGUCUGAGCCCGGCCCUCACGCCCGCCUUGCAGCGGCUUGUAAAUCGGACAUCCAGCAAAUACACGGACAAAGCCCUGCGGGCGAGUUACACCCCUUCCCCCUCACACAGCUGCAAGACUCCCUUAAACGGACCAGCAACACCCUCAGGAACACCAACACCCAUCAAAGCCAAGACGCCAGGCUCUCAGGACCUCACGUCACUCACAGACAAUCUGCUGCAGCUUCCCAAGAGGCGAAAAGCCUCCGACUUUUUCUAAGAGACGCCUCUCUCUGCUCAGAUUGUAGAAAAAGACAAAAAAAAAAUUAUUUUCUUAUUUAUUUGUUGUUUUUUUUAUUAACUAGCUCUGUCGUACGUUCUUGUCUUGAUUUAUUUUUUAACCUUUGCUUAAAUCCAAAAGAAAAGUUUUAGAGUUUAAUGAUAAUCUUGGAUGGUUUGAGAAUAAAAGAAACAACAAAGAGCUUAAAAACAAGCUGAACAUUUCAGUGUUUUUCUCUGGGAUGAAUAAUUAAAAACCAGAUGUUUGUCAUUUUCAAAGCUCAAUGUGUUUGUAUUAAAAGUGGGGGAAACAAAGGA